CUCCAGUGUCCUUGGACAUGGGCUCGCACGAGGCAUCAUCAUCGUCAGUGUGGUCAAUGAGCGAUGGGGAAGAUGAUGACUCCGCUGCCUUGGACGAGUUCCACUACUAUGAUGAUUGCGAUGUGGAGAUCUCCAAUUGUGAUUCCGAAGGCGAUGUUCAUCCUCACUCCCCUGUUGCUGCUGAAGAUGCAAGGUGUUUUCGAAUGGAGACCGACUCCCCUGCUGAUGUGCAUGUAUUGACCAGCGGCGGGGAUGUCCCUACAGAGGGAGGAGAAGAGGAGGAGGAUGUCCAAGCACUGUCGGCGCAGAUUAUGGAACCACUAGAGGUCGCUAACUCAGCGAAUCCUGAUGAUGAUAGUACUGCUGCUGUUGCUAUCACAACAACUCCAGUGAAGGAACCCAAAGAUAGGCCUUCAUCAGCCACCCCAGUGACCGGCUUGAAAUCUUUAAAGGGCUCGACAGUGAAACAACCGGCAGCGACAGCCGAGAACAUCCUAGCGGCUAAGGACGACAGCUCUGUAUCAGCCCGAAUCUCGUGUGCUAACUUCUGUGUGAUGGCUGCUGCUGAUUUGGUGAGGAUAUCUCGGGAGAAGGCUGCCCGGGUGACGGAGCUACUCAAUGUGACGCUUGAUGACGCCUUUGCGCUGAUGAAGGAGUUCGGGUGGGAAGAAUUGCCGUUGCAGGAAGCUUGGUUUUCUGAAGCGAGAGGAGAGGACUGGGUGAGGGAGAAAUGUGGUGUGUUCAAGUCGAGUGGACCAACUUCCGAUGGAUCUACACGUGUAACCUGCAAGGUAUGCUACUGUGAAGAGCUUCUGAAGGACUGCGUUCUCCUAGAUGGAUGCUCGCUAGACCACGUCACGUGUAAGGACUGUUUUGCCCAAUACGUCAGCACUAAGCUGAGCGACGUGGGCCGGGGGGCACCGGACGCCCGUUGUGUUAUGCACAAGUGCGAGCGACGAAGAGGGUGUGGUCGGGCUGUGCUGAAGUUUUCUCAUCCUAAGGAUGUUCAUCGGAGUGGGGGGAGAGGGAGCUCUAUAGCAGUGGAGUCCGAUACUGUUGUCUGUGAUUGCGGUUACUGUUGGUGUUUCUCCUGUCAAAGGGAAGCCCAUGAGCCAGCGUCCUGCCAGCAGGUGUAUGAUUGGGAAGUAAAGAACUCUAAUGAGAGUGAGAACGUCUCUUGGAUUCUCGCCAAUACCAAGCAGUGCCCGAGGUGUGGCCGGCCCAUUGAGAAGAAUCAGGGAUGUAAUCACAUGAGAUGCAGUGAAUCGGGCGGAGGGUGCGGCCAAGAGUUCUGCUGGCUUUGUUUGACGCCGUGGGCACAGCAUGGGCAGUCUACAGGAGGGCUCUACAGCUGUAAUAUUUACGAACGGAAUACUCGAGAUGAUACGGAAGAAGGGAGGAGACAGCGAGAAGGGAAGGCCAAACACUCCCUGCAGAAAUACAUGUUCCACUAUGAACGCUAUGUGAACCACGAGAGGGCGGCUAAUCUGGCUCGGGAGGUAUCGGAGCUUGGGUUCAUAACGAGCGCCCUACAGCAAGUAGUGGAGUGUCGGAGAGUACUCAAGUGGACGUAUGUCUAUGGUUACUACCUUAAUCGAGUGGACGAAGACUCGGAGGGUGAUAGUGAGAGAGAUUUGCGACGAAGGAUGACGCCUGGCUUGUCUGAUCAUUGGAGCACACGACGGCUGAAUCAUGGGAACUCAUCUUCUGUCCGGCGUGAUGUUCAUGCUGCUGUGGCCCGGCGGCAGUUGUUUGAGUUCCUGCAGAAGAAUCUUGAGGAGAAGACGGAGGCUCUGCAUGAGCUUAUCGAGAAGGACUUGGAGGAACGCUUUAUCCGAUCGCCUGAUGAGUCUACGGACCCAGCAGCGCCCGGUGGAGAUCCUUCGUCCUCUACCCCACUGGCUGGUGACACUACCAUGACGAGUGCAGUGGACAUCGGACUGCGACGACACUACAAGCUCUUGUCUGCUGAGUGA